AUGAACUAUAGAGCGAUAGUGACAAUAAUAUUUUUUCUGAUUAGUAAUUUUUUUACUGUUAGGCCAUUUAAGAUACCCUGCAAAAGGUUCAAUAUUCAUUUAAACCUUCAUACUGUACCAGUAUUCUCGAUAAUAGUGUUGUUAGCUGCACAAUGUAUCGAUGGAGAGCAACUGAAGUAUGGAUUUGUAGGCGAUGAAACUCAUUUAAGACCCUAUGACAUUUUAUUGCUCUUUCUCUCAUUGGCGUAUAUUGCCUUAUCAUUAGAUGCGACCGGAUUAUUACAAUUUCUCGCUUUUUGGGUAUCUAACAAAGGCAAAAACUCUGGAUAUGCUCUAUACACCUAUUUCUAUUGUUUCUUUAUCAUUCUUGCCACGUUCGUCGGUAACGAUCCGGUGAUAUUGAGUGGUACAGCUUUCCUUGCAUAUUUUACAAGAGUUACUGGGUUGCAUCCACCCACUGCAUUCUUAUUCUCGCAAUUCACCGCUGCGAAUUUAGCAUCGGCGAUUCUACCACCAUCAAACCCUACUAAUUUGGUUUUGACAUCAACAACGUCAACUAGCUUCUUGACGUAUGCACUAUACCUGAUAUUACCUGUCUUCUUCUCUUCAAUAAGUCUACUUGGUGUUUUAUUUUUACAAUUUUCACCAUACAAUUCACUCUUAAAACGCGAUAAUAAUGAAAUUUACAUACCAGCGAGGCUUAACGCCCCCGAAGUUAAUCCACGGAGUGUUUUGAUUGACAGAACAGGUGCGGUCUUCGGUAGUAUAGUUCUAGCAAUAACUUUGGUGUUAUUGGUUGUAUGUAGCGUUCUAGUAGAAGGUAUGCACGUAUGCUGGAUCACUAUACCUGCUGCGUUUGUAGUAUUCGUCCGCGAUUUCAUUCAUGACGUACGAUAUCAUUCAACUUACUCAAAACAGAGCGAGGAUAAGAGCAUCAAUAGAUUCAAAUUACUCAAAAGUGCAUUCCCUACUGUUAUCACAGUUGGUAGUCGGUUACCGUAUGCUUUGGUACCAUUCGCAAUCACUCAAUUUAUCCUUGUCAACUCUUUACAAGCAGUUGGUUGGAUAGACAUAUUCGCAAAUUGGGCUAAGAUAGCGAUAAAGGAUCAGCCGUUAAGAGCUGUUUGGAUAUUAGGUUUAAUAGAGAUUGUUUUGUGUAAUGGAAGUACCAAUAUUGGUGCGACUGUUUUAAUGUCACAAGUGUUGGUGAAAUGUAGCGAGGAUGAGAAGAUUAUCAAAGCUGGUAUGCUAAGUAUUGCAUUUGGAAGUAAUAUUGGCGCGUGUUCAUUCAGUUUUGCUGCUAGUUUAGCUGGUUUGUUAUGGGACAAUAUUUUGAAAUCAAAGGGAAUAAGAAUACCGCGUAUGCAGUUCUUGUAUAUGAAUAUGCUACCCUUAGUAAUAACUGCAGUAGUUGGAUUCUUCGUUAUUUACGCUGAAAUAUCGAUAAUGGAUUGAUAUACCCCUCAAACAUCUACCACCAUCUCUCUAUCAUCACAAUUUAGAAAUGGAGAUAAAAAGAGUUAUAGAAGAAAAUAAAAAAUUACGAGAAGAAAUUGAGAUUUUAAAAGCUAAUUAUUCAAAUUACCCAAAUGCUAUGGAACUUAAAAACUUGGCAGUUUUAGUUAGGGAUACUUUACAAGAGUUUGAUGGUAGAGAGAGACUUAUGAGGAGGCGUAUUCUCCUUCUACAAC